AUGAAGAGAAUCUCCAGCUUUCUGCUAAUGUUUUUGCUUGCAGCAUUCAUAAUAUUCAUGUCGCUGAAGCAAUCUGAAAACUUCAGUGGCGCCGAGUAUGAUGUUCGUAUAGUGAACGGGUUCACGGACAAUUCAUCGCUGGCUUUGGUGAUUUGGUGCACAUCCGACAACAAGGAUAUAGGUGGGCGUGCCCUUCAGGUGGGAGAUGAUUUCAGCUGGAGUGUGAAAACCAAUUUAUGGGGAGCCACUCCUUUCCACUGCACCAUGAAAUGGGAUGCAACGAGGAAGCAGUUUGAUGCCUUUCAGGUUCAGCGGGACGUUCAACGAUGUGGCCCUCUUAGGACCUGCUUCUGGUUGGUCAGAGAGGAUGGAUUUUAUUUUAGCAAUGACCAAGUCAACUGGAAGAAAGAUUUUUCAUGGUAA